GGAGCCGGGAGCAGGCCGCAGUGCAUAUAGGAGGCCGAGCUCAGCAGGCCCUGGACAGCCAGCGGUGAGCGGCCUCAUGGAAGAGAAGCAGAUUCUGUGUGUGGGGCUGGUGGUGCUGGACGUCAUCAAUGUGGUAGACAAGUACCCAGAGGAGGACACGGACCGCAGGUGCCUGUCCCAGAGAUGGCAACGUGGAGGUAAUGCGUCCAACUCCUGCACUGUCCUCUCCCUGCUUGGAGCCCCCUGUGCCUUCAUGGGCUCCCUGGCCCAUGACCAUGUUGCUGAUUUUGUCCUGGCUGACUUCCGCCGCUAUGCUGUGGAUCUACGCCACGCGGUCUAUCAAGCUUCAGGCUCCAUUCCCACCUCCACAGUCAUCAUCAACGAAGCCAGCGGUAGCCGCACCAUCCUCCAUGCCUACAGCUUCUUGGUGGCUGACUUCAAACGGCGGGGCGUGGAUGUGUCUCAUGUGGCCUGGCAGAGCAGGGGGGAGACCCCUUGCUCUUGCUGCAUCGUCAACAACUCCAAUGGUUCUCGUACCAUUUUGCUCUACGACACGAACCUGCCAGAUGUGUCUGCUAAGGACUUCGAGAAGGUUGAUCUGACCAGGUUCAAAUGGAUCCACAUUGAGGGCCGGAAUGCAUCAGAACAAGUGAAGAUGCUGCAGCGGAUAGAACAGCACAACGCCAGGCAGCCGCCGCCGCAGCAGAUUCGGGUGUCUGUGGAGAUAGAGAAGCCCCGAGAGGAGCUGUUCCAACUGUUUGGCUAUGGAGAGGUGGUGUUUGUCAGCAAAGACAUAGCCAAGCACCUGGGGUACAAGUCAGCCGCAGAAGCCCUGAGGGGCUUGUACAGUCGUGUGAAGAAGGGGGCCACGCUGGUCUGUGCCUGGGCUGAGGAGGGCGCCAGUGCCCUGGGCCCUGAUGGCCAGCUGCUCCACUCAGAGGCCUUCCCGCCGCCUCGGGUGGUGGACACCCUGGGGGCUGGAGACACCUUCAACGCCUCCGUGAUCUUCAGCCUCUCCCAGGGGAACAGCAUGCAGGAUGCGCUCAGGUUUGGCUGCCGGGUGGCCGGCACGAAGUGUGGCCUGCAGGGGUUCGAUGGCAUCGUGUGAUCACUGGUGGCUGGGGCACCAGCGCCUUCACCCAGCUGGAUGGCCCACGGCCCUGCUUCCCCAGCACGUGGGAACGGCCGCUGGUGUCCCUUGUCCCGCCCUGGCUCAUCCUGUGCGGCCACAGAGCAAAUAAAUCUCUUUCCCCAAAGC